AUGCUGGCGAGAUCAUUUCUUCGUUCUUUUUCUUCCUAUAGGUUUUCUCUUCCACAAGCCAGCACCCAUCUCCUUGACCAAUCUCUUCUCCCAACUGAAACUACAACUACUAAAGAAGAACUGCUGAAAUAUCUCCACGACAUGUAUACAAUUCGUAGAAUUGAAAUCACUUCUGAUAACUUUUACAAGAAUAAGAGUUAAAGUUAAGAUCACUAGCAUACCUAUCUGGCGUAAAUCCACAUAACCUAAGGAUUAGUCCAUAGGUUAGAGCCAGCUCUUACGGAUGCCCCGUUAGCAUCGGCAAGCAAAGAAUAAGUAAGAGGCAAAACCUGUCUAGCCCAUCUGCAGGGACAGUGAAAUCUUAGAAGCGAAAAAAAUCCCUCUUCGGCAGGCAUAGCCAAAAUCGAAGGCCUACUUCAAAAAUUGAUAGUGGCACAAAUAUAAGCUUAAUCAGAGCGCGCCUUAACUUCAUAGAGAGUAUGUUUCAGAGUCCAUCUUCGGCCAACGUCACCAUUUUAUUUCUUUUUACAAAAAUAAGGAUAUCAGAGGUUUCUGCCAUUUAGCUGACGGGCAGGAAGCAAUUGCAGUAGGCAUGGAGGCUGCAAUAACUCAUGAGGAUAACUUAAUUUCAGCUUACAGGAUCCAUCCUCAAGCUUAUAUGCGUGGGGAAACACCUCAUCAAAUUUUCGCUGAAAUGUUUGGAAGGCAAGCUGGCUCUUCUAAAGGUAAAGGAGGCUCAAUGCAUUUUUACAAUAAAGACACGAAUUUUUAUGGCGGAAAUGGCAUUGUGGGAGCACAAAUUCCAGUUGGGGUCGGUUUAGCUUUUGCACUGAAGUAUAAAAAAAAGCCAAAUGUAGCUGUCAUUAUGUUUGGUGAUGGCGCAGCUAAUCAAGGGCAAGUAUACGAAGCGAAUAAUAUGGCUUGCCUCUGGAAACUCCCAGCAAUUUUUGUCGUUGAAAACAAUCGAUAUGGGAUGGGAACCUCUAUAGAAAGAGCUGCAGCUAAUAGUGAAUUUUAUACAAGAGGCCAUCCAGCACCUGGUAUAAGGAUUGACGGACAAAACGUGUUAGCAGUCAGAGAAAACUUUAGAUUCGCCAAAGAAUGGUCACUCAAAAAUGGCCCUCUCUGGAUCGAAAUUGAGACAUAUAACGAUGACCCCCCUCAAUCUUCAUGUCUAUUGCAACAAAAAUGCAACUUUUUUAAUAUAAAAUUAUAUAUAAAAAAAAAUAAUAAUUUUUCAUGUCUCUUGCAGCAAAUUAUAUACAUUAAAAUGGUGACACGUGCCAGCCUGCCCUCUUGGCGCAGCACUCCAGACCUUAUGGCUACAGCGAACUGGGACGGACUCCGAGCCGAGAAUCAGCGCAGGCUCAAGAGGUGUGUAUCCGGGUAGGUUUUGGCUGCUUUCCUGUGGUUGGAAAUGGAGGUGCUCAACAACGUCCUUUUGAUCCGAGGAUCCAUGGGUAUUUCUCUAACGAGAAACUGGGGGUUUCAGCCCAGGCCACAGGGGAAGAGUCUUUUUCCUGUAGCUGUCGAAGAAAGGCACCUUGACACCCAAUAGACUCCAAGGAUCCUUGGAAUCAAGCUACUCCAAUCGCCCGUAGCAGGGCCGCAGAAAUCCAUAAGCCGCCCACUCAGACUGAACUCCCAAGGCAAGAAGGAGACAGAAGGUGCCGGAAGGGCACUCGUAAGAGGGAUAGAUCCUCUGGGCUGGAGUCGAAAAGCGGUAGAACCUUCCGUACGGGAGGUCUUUAAUGACUGCGUCAUCAAUAUGGCUAGCGCCUGUCUGUAAUAAUCUUAAUCCUAAUCCUCUUGCAACAAAUUUUCGAUGCGCAUCUUAAAUUUUUCCGUACUUUUUAGCUAGAUAAGUUUAAUAAAAUGGCGAGCGAUGGCAAUAGCCGUCCAAAUCUCGAUAAAAGGUCAUUGAUACAUCUACAGUAGCGCUAUUUUAUGGUUUUUUUUUAGAAACUCACCUAGAGAAAAAAUUCAUUAAUUUUUUUAUAUAAAAUGUUGUGUUGCAGUGGCAUGAAAAAUUUUUUCGAAAAAUUUUUGUUGCAGUAGACAUGAAGAUUGAAGGGGGGGUCAUCGUUAGAUAUCAUGGGCAUUCUAUGUCAGAUCCAGGGAUUUCCUAUAGAAAUAGAGAAGAAGUCAGCCAAAUGAGAAACAGCCGCGAUCCUAUAGAAAAAAUCAAAGGGAUGCUACUAGAAAAAGGAGAAGUCACUGAGCAAGAAAUUGAAACUCUAGAAAAGAAAAUUAAAGACGAAAUCAACCAUGCAGCAGAAAAAGCCAAAGCUGAAGCAUAUCCUGAACCCAUUGAGCUUUUCAAAGACAUUUAUGAUCCAAGUCAUAAAGUAAAGGUCAGAAACGUUGAAUUUAAAGACACAGUUAGCGUCUAA